CUCUCCCUAUCUUUCUCUCUCCUAAGCCUCUAUACUUCCUAUUUGACGAAGGAACCCCUUCUCGCCCGCCGGUAUACUGCUCCCGCCGUACCACCGAAUAAAUCCCCCGGUCUCUCUCUCUACAUAUAUAUAUAUAUAUCUUGAACGAGAGAUUUUGAGGUUGUUUAGUUAUCUCUGUCCGAGCCACAGAGGGGGGGUGGUGGUGGUGGUCGGGGACGGCGAGAUGGAGGGGAUGCGGGCGAAUAUUCUAGAUCCGGGGGCCGCGGAGUACUACCCAGCGAGCCAGUUUGCCCUCGGUCAGCCCCAAAUUUACUACCCCUACCCAUACCCGCAGGCGGCGCCGGUGUACCCGCAGGCGGCGCCGGAAGAGUACGUGAGCCCCGCUUGGGUGGCAGGGGACGGCGCGGCGACGAGGGCGGUGGUUCUGAGCAUGGUGCCGCGGUACGUCGGGGAGGCGGCGGUGCGGGUGGAGAUGGAGGCCUUCGGUGGGGUGCGGGCGGUGGAGAUGGGGUCGCUGGCCGCCGACGGGAUCGUGACCGUCCAUUUCUUCGAUCUGCGGAGCGCGCAGGCGGCGGUGGUGGAGAUCCGGGAGCAGCACGUGCGGCAGCAGAGCCUGCUUGUGGCCGCCGACGGGAUCGUGACCGUCCAUUUCUUCGAUCUGCGGAGCGCGCAGGCGGCGGUGGUGGAGAUCCGGGAGCAGCACGUGCGGCAGCAGAGCCUGCUUGGCCAGCAGUACGGCGUGCUCGCCGGCGGCGGGAUGGUCCUGAUGCACCCGCCUAUGAGCGGCCGGGGGCUGAUCGCCGGGCAGGCGGUCUGGGCGCAGUUUGCGGCCAGGGAAGUCGACGAUCCCAACCAGGGUUCCAUCGUCGUCUUCAAUUUGGAUCCGAACGCCUCCUCGCUUGCUCUCCGGGAAAUCUUUGAGCCUUUCGGAGCCGUGAAAGAGGUGAAGGAGAUGGGCUCAAGACCACACCACAAGGUAGUGGAGUACUUCGACACACGGGACGCCGCUCGUGCCCUCUCCAAGCUCAACGGCAAGCACAUCUUCGGAAGGCGACUCGUGCUCGAAUUCUUCAGACCAGGUGGCCAGACAAGAAGUUAUAGUGGCGGCAAUUACCCGAAGAGGAGCUCCGGUCACCAGAACUAUCCUCUACCGCCGAGGCUUCUGAGAGGAGCAACCAGAUGGGUGGAAGGCGGAGGAGGCGCUCCCCAGCCUUCAUCACCAAGCGGAGGGAGUGGGAAGGAAGUGGUGUUGCUGAAGAGGACCGGGACCAGCAUUGCAAGAAAUAGUAACGGCGGCGACGGUAGCAGCGGCGGUGGAAGGAGGAACAAGGGUGGGAGUAGCAGCUACCAAUCGUCGUCGUCGUCGUCGUCGUCGUCAUCAAAGCAGCAGCUGCAGCUGCAGCAGCAGCAGUCGUCGAGCAGGAAGGGGUGGAAGAAUCGUCAUGGGAAGAACGGAGGCGGGGAGGCGAGGUUUCUGUUCAAAGAAGUGGAGGAGACGGAGGAGGAAUCCGCAUCCUCUUGGAGAGAUUCCAGGACCACCGUCAUGGUUAGAAACAUCCCCAACAAGUACAGUCAGAAGCUGCUGUUGAACAUGCUGGACAACCACUGCAUUCACUGCAACGAGGAGAUUGGCGAAGGGAAAGAGAAUGAGCCCUACUCCGCCUACGACUUCGUUUACCUUCCCAUCGAUUUCAACAACAAAUGCAAUGUUGGAUAUGGUUUCGUGAACCUCACAUCUCCGGAGGCCGCAUUCAGACUCUACAAAGCCUUCCACAAGCAGCCCUGGGAGGUCUUCAACUCCCGAAAGAUUUGCCAGGUUACCUACGCUCGGUUGCAGGGCUUGGAGGCGCUGAAGGAGCACUUCAAGAACUCCAAGUUCGCCUGCGACAACGACGAGUACAUGCCGGUGAUCUUCUCCCCGCCCCGGGACGGCAAGCAGCUGACCGACCCCGUCCCCAUCGGCGGCCGUGGCCCCGUCACGCUCACCAAGCGGGUCGUCGACCGGAUCCGCCGCGCCAGCGAGCAGCUCGUCUCCUCCGAGGAAGCGGCGGCGGAGGCAUCGCCACCGUCGGACGGCGGUGGAGCGUCCUCCACUACCACCUCGACCCACGCGCCCUCCGACCACGCCGAGCAUGAUGAUGACGAGGAGGAGGAGUACGUGGGAGGAGGCGGCGAAGACGAGGGCGGCAGAGACGAGACCGGCAGUCGCCUCCUUUCCGAAGCUUUCCAUGGCCUAUCAUAUAGCCAAGACUAGACGGCCAUUCAUAGUCCAGCAAGUGGACACAUCUCAACGCCCAGACGUUCGGUCAGCUUCAGCUCUCUCCCUCUCUCUUUGUGGCCACUCUCGUUGUAUCAAGAAUUCAAAGCUCUUAUGGAAGGCCAAGAAUGAUGCAUUUGAGUGUAUUACGGUGGUGAUGUGAUUAUUCUUAAUUACAACCUACCAGGUUGAAAUGAGUAGUAAAGAUUAAUUCCCGCUUCUCUUCCCCA